AUGGACCAGCAACUAAUUGCUCAACAAAUGAACGGCAAUCCUGUUGCGCUGGCAUCUCAAGACGUUUCAUCGUUCGAUGCACGUUUUGCUCAAGAAAACGCAGAGACAUGGAUUGCCAUCGGCACCUGUGCAGAUACUAUCGGAAACGUUGAAAAGGCGGUGGAAGCGUUUUCGACCGCCUUACGGUAUACACCUAACAAUCCGAAGGCCUUGACGCAGCUCGCCAAUGUGUAUAGAACACGCGAUGCUUUCGCAGAAGCUGCAGAUCUUUACCGGCGAGCUCUUUCGCUCGACCAGAACAAUGGCGAAACCUGGGGCCUUCUUGGACACUGUUAUCUUAUGUUGGACGACCUUCAAAGCGCGUACACUGCAUACCAGCAGGCGCUUCUCAAUCUGCAAAAUCUUAGUGUUCCGAAGUUGUGGCACGGGAUCGGAAUCCUAUACGACAGGUACGGGUCACUGGAAUACGCCGAGGAAGCGUUUGUCAGGGUUUUAGAAAUGGACCCUCAGUUCGACAAGGCAAACGAGAUCUACUUCCGUUUAGGUAUCAUAUACAAGCUGCAGUGCAAAUUGUCCAAAGCCUUGGAAUGCUUCAACUACAUUCUCUCUAUGCCUCCUGCCCCUCUUACCCAGACGGACGUCUGGUUCCAAAUCGGCUCAGUCUUAGAACAGAACAGGGACUACAAUGGAGCAAAGGAAGCGUAUGAGCGUGUUCUCCAGAGCAAUCCAAAUCACUCGAAAGUUCUUCAACAGUUGGGAUGUUUGUACUCGCAGCAAGAAGCCCCAUUCCAUGACCUCGAGGUUGCGCAACAGCUUCUCAGACAGUCGAUCGAGCUCAACAAUACUGACGCUCACUCAUGGUACUACCUUGGACGUGUUUACAUGUCCAAGCAAGACUAUCCGAACGCAUACGAGGCGUUCCAACAUGCCGUCAACAUCGAUUCCAGAAACCCAACGUUCUGGUGUUCUAUCGGUGUUCUGUAUUACAAGAUCAGCCAGUACAAGGAUGCGCUUGAUGCGUACACGAGAGCUAUUCGUUUGAAUCCAUACCUUUCUGAGGUUUGGUACGAUCUGGGUACUUUAUACGAGACAUGCAACAACCAGAUCGGUGAUGCUCUUGAUGCAUAUCACAGAGCAGCAUCUUUGGACCCAAAUAAUCCACACAUUCAGGAAAGACUCAUCCAACUUACAAAGUACCAGAAGGAAGGCGGAUCUUUACCGCCACCUCCUCAGAGUCACCAUCAGUUGACAAUGCCUACACAGCAACAGGUUCAACAGCAGCAGCAGCAACAGCAACAGCAACAGCAACGUCAUAAUGCAGGUCCGCCACCUGCACAGUUGCAAGUUUCCCAACAGUUGCCGGCCGUUUCUGAUCCACCUGCAGUUUUGGGUGCGGAUAAGACGACAUCAGAGACUGAUGUAAAGCUGAAUGGAAUUAAGCGAGAAGCAGAGCAGGAGACUGAGGAGACGAGCAAGAAGCAAAAAUUGGAGUCAGAAGAGCCGACUGAGCCUUUGGGAUCAGAGAACGCAGCAGAAUUUGCUAAAUCUGCUGAACCUUCAGAUCCAUCUGAAUCUGUCGAACCGGCCGAUUCUGCUUCUGCAUCGGCAGAACCUUCUGGGCCUGUUGAGGUUGAAAAGAAGUCGGAGGAGCCAAGCAUCGAGCUGAAGCCAAUGGAGAAGGAGGAGGCCGAUGAGCUAAAGAGUACGUCGGAGGAAGUCAAGGAGCAAGAAGUGCAGCGUGCUGUUUCGAGUGAGGCUCCUGUCCGUAAGAUUGACGAGGACGAUGACUACGACGACGAGGACGAAAAAGAAGACGAGACGAAGGAGGAAGAAAAGAACAACGACGCCACACCAGAAACCGCACCACCAAAGGCAGAAGUCCCACAAGAGGCUGCUGUUGCCGAGAGUAGUGCAGAAGUCAAGGCUGAGGAGAAGCCUGAGCAAACAAACGGCACCCAAACGGAGGCUAGUGAGCCUGCACCCGAGGAAAAGCCAGAGACUGUCGUUGAUUCGGACGCUAAAAAGGCCGAAGAUCAAUCGGUUGGAACGAAAGAAUAA